CUAUUGACGCCGUUCUCUCAAUCAACAGAGUACAAACCCAUCGGCAUUAUAUAAACUUUCUAGCUAUCCCAUCCCCCAAAACACUUGUAGUUUUUCUAUUUUGUUAAUUAACUCUCGCUCCAUUGUUAAUAAAUUUGGAUCCUUAAAAAAUAUAGCGUACUCCGGCUCUUUUGAUAUCAUUAUGGCUACCGAAACGUGGCUGCAGGACGACUCUUCCAUAGACCUUAUGUCCUUGAUCGGAUACAAACUCUUUAGUAAAAACCGACGGAAUCGCCGCGGGGGUGGAUGCUUAGUUUAUGUCAAAGCUCCUCUACAGGCGACUCUACUAAAUGAUCCCAACCUCGACAAAGUUCAGGAAUCGCUUUGGCUAACUAUUGCAUUCCACAACAUAAGGUUAUUGCUUGGUUGUAUAUAUCGUCCUCCCUCAAACCCCUACGACCUUUCUCAUAUCUCUGAAUCCUUCAACCAUUUAUCAGACCUAUCACCUGGACCCAAGCUUAUCGCAGGGGAUUUUAACGCCCCUGGUAUAUGCUGGUCUUCCUUGACAGCACACCACAAAUUUCUUCCUUUCCUUUCUAAUCUCAAUGCUGGUGGUUGGACGCAGCAUGUGAAAUCCCCCACCAGGGGAAACCAUGUUCUGGACUUAGUCUUCACAAAAUGCCUCACUGUCUCGCAAACAUCUAUCUUAAACCAUUUCCCAGGCAGUGACCACAAAAUGGUUCAAUGUACCUUUUUACUUGAGCCAUCCCCAACUAUGUUCAUAAACGAUUGGUCUUCUUUACCCAACUUGAUUCAUUUAUUUUACCAAAACCUCUCCAACUGCCUCAACUCGCUAUAUCAAACUUCCCACGACUUCUCCCUUCUCAUGCAGUUGCAUUCUCUUUCGCGGACAAUACAACAAAAAAACAUAUCUUUGCUUAAUAACCAGGAGCUUAAAGCUCUGUCCCACCCAAACCCAUCUUGGAAAAUCUCCAAGCUAAAUAAGACGCGAAAUAAAGUUGUCAGUCACUCCAUUUCUCACCUAAACCUUCCUGGAAACGUCGCCCUCACCUCCCCACAGGAAAUCUGUGAAGUCCUAAAUUCCGUCUUUACCUCUUCGUUUACCACUGAUUCUUUUCACACUACCACUAACAUGCCAUUGUCCACUGCUGAAUCUUUAAAUGUCAUUCACUUUACCAUUAAAGGUAUUUCUGGCAUUCUAAAUGUAACUAAGCCUUCCUCUCGGCCAGGACCGGAUGGACUACCCCCAAGUAUAAUACGCUUUGCUGGACCUGAUAUGCCUGUGAUACUGUUGAAGUUAUUUACCCUGUCUAUGAUUGGUGGUAUUGUACCAUCUCAAUGGAAACAAUCUACCAUUAUCCCACUUCACAAAAACGGGCCGAUUCAGGACCCCACCAACUACCGCCCCAUAAAUCACUUACCUAUUAUCUCCAGAAUAAUGGAAAAGAUUAGCCAACACGGCUUUCUUAAAUUUCCCUACGUUGUAGUCUAUCUUGAUAUGACAAAAGCUUUUGACCGGGUCUCCCACACACGGCUCAUUGCCAAAGCCCGAUCUUAUGGAAUAGGUGACCCGCUUCUCUCAUGGCUUUCUUCAUACUUAUCUGAACGCUCCCAGGUAGUGUCAGUUAAUGAUUGUUCCUCCCAACCCCAACCCGUUACCAGUGGCGUAAUACAAGGCAGUGUAUUAGGCCCCCUAUUAUUUCUUAUGUAUAUAAAUGAUGUCUCAAAAUCCAUUAUUUGUGGGACCCCCUUCCUCUUUGCAGAUGACAUUAAAGUUGUCUAUUCUUUUUCACCA